AUGAAGCACAUCGCAGCCUACCUUUUGCUCACCCUCGGUGGUAAGGAGAACCCCUCGGCUGCUGACAUCAAGUCUCUCCUUGAGACCGUCGGUAUCGAGGCCGAAUCUGAGCGUCUCGACAAGCUCAUCGAGGAGCUUAACGGCAAGGACAUCAACACUCUCAUUGCUGAGGGUCAGGAGAAGCUCGCUUCCGUCCCCGCUGGUGGUGCUGCCCCUGCUGCCGCUGCUGGUGGUGCUGCCCCCGCCGCCGGUGGUGCCGCUCCUGCCGCCGAGGAGAAGAAGGAGGAGGAGAAGGAAGAGUCUGAUGACGACAUGGGCUUCGGUCUCUUUGACUAA